CUCCUCGUCUCCUAAUAAUUCCAAAAUUUUUCGUAAGCGCUCAGGAAAUGGUAAGCGGCGAGUACCAGUAAAUGAUGUCAGGAGUUCACUUGCAGCUGAAAAAAAUUCUGAAUCUCGCAAAUCGCCUGAAAUCUUAUGCAACAUGACUGGUAAUCUGCAUUCGGCUAGCGGCAUAAUUGAACCAUUUAGAUCGUCAGUUUUAUCGAAAAAAAAUAUUGGACUUGGCAGAGAAAAUAUAUUAGAUUGUGAGGAUGGUACCUUGAGAGACAUUGUGAUCAACGGUUUCCUAGAUGUGCGCAAUAUUGGGCGCAAGAUUGAUCGUCUUAAAGGACAAAUCGUGGAACUGAAAAAUGAAGUCGCAUAUUUCAGAAAUAUUUUUAAAACGGGUCAAUUAGUGGACACAAUUGAGCUAGAAUCUGAAGGAGAUGCAGAACAAGAUGGAUUUACACUGCCAUGUAAGACAAUGGUAGAAUUACAAGCGUUUGACAAAAAGUUGAAAGAUGACAAACAGUAUAGGAGGAAAAUGUACGCAAAGAUGUCUGGAUGUCUGAAUAAAGAUCGUUCAAUUUCUCGAAACUUGGGUGAAGUCAGUCGCAAGAUAAUCUCCCAGGAUGUGGGAAAUAAAAUAACGCCUUUGAAGAAAAUGAAUGGUAAACAAGUCUUUAAGGAUCUUAAACUGUAUUCCUGCAUCUACGCUGUGCUCUCACAUAAAAUUGGCAACAUGAAGGAGCCCUUCGCUCUUGCCAAAUACCAUGAAGGAUUGAAAGGUGUCCUAAACCACACAGGAGAUUGGAACGUCCAGUUCCCGGCGAGGGAAAAAGGUUAAGCAACUAAAUAUUAACGAACUAAAUGUGAGUGAUAGAUCUUUUCUGGAAGAUGGUGAGCAAUAACAGUGAUCCUCUAAAACAGGUCAAAAAAGUAAAUAAAUAUUGUUUGGGUUCACGUUUUGAAAGUUUAACGGAAAAAUAUUAACGAAAAUAAUUC